CAUGAAUGUAUUUAUUGGAAUGCAUCAAUGUAACUUUUCUAAGAUUUUGUAUUCCUAACAAAAUUUGUUAAUGAGUAUCCCAAUAAGCAAAUGCAAUACCAUGCAAACUGUAUAAAUAAAGAUGUUAUGAAACGAACUAUUGUAAUUCACGGAGAUAAUGACUGUGUAUUUAAAAUGUUGAUAAGGUUAAAUGUCGACGUGUCGGGAGGAUAAUUAUUUUAGUUAGUUUUUUCAAAGAUACGCAUGACUUGCCACGAAGUACAUUUGAACAAUAUUCUUGUACAAAAUUCUACAGUUAUAAGUUCGUGCGAAAUAACGUAUAUUUUUUAAUAGUGUCAUUACACCUUACUGUUACUUGUGAUGAAAAAGUACACAAAAUAAUAAAAAAAAACAAUGUCUAUAUGAAACGUUUAAAAUUAAUCGUGAAAGUCACUCGAAGAAGUUUUAAAUAUUAUUCUUAAAAUUUAUGUACUUAAAUAUUUGUAAACAAUGUCAUGGAUAAGAGAUAGCACGUUAAGCUGGUUGCAACUUUUGGCGACAAAAGUUAUAAAAACUGGGCAUAUUCCUAAGCAUGUGGCAUUUAUAAUGGAUGGUAAUAGACGUUAUGCGACUAAAAAUGGAAUAGAAAAAAUAGAAGGACAUACAAAAGGAUUUGAUAAGUUUGCGGAAACUCUACAAUGGUGUAGAGAUGUUGGUAUAAAAGAGGUGACAUUUUAUGCCUUUAGUAUUGAAAAUUUUAAACGAAAAGAUGAAGAAGUGAAUGGACUUUUGAAUCUCGCAGAGCAAAAAUUUCGACGUCUUCUAGGUGAAAAAGAUAAAGCCAAAGAAUAUGGUUUAUGUGUUCGUAUAAUUGGUAAUUUGUCACUAUUACCUCAAAAUAUACAAGAAUUAAUAGCAGAAACUAUGAUUUGUACUAAAGAUCAUACUAAAGUAUUUCUUAACAUUGCAUUUGCUUACACAUCAAGAGAUGAAAUUACACAUGCCAUUAAGGAUGUAAUUGAGGGUGUUCAAGGUGGUGAUAUUCUUCUGGAUGACAUAGAUGAGAAUUUAAUUUCUAAUUGCUUGUACACAAAUAAUUCACCAAAUCCUGACUUAUUAAUUCGUACUUCUGGAGAAGUCAGAUUUAGUGAUUUUCUUAUGUGGCAAAUAUCAAACACGUGUGUUUAUUUCACUACCGUGCUAUGGCCAGAAUUUAAUGUGUGGGAUUUUCUUAAUGCAAUAUUUUAUUAUCAAAGAUGUUAUUCUGAUAUACAAAAGAUAAUUAAAAUACAAAAUGUGAAGCCGAUAAUACAAAACAGUAGACAAUUGACAUACAUUGAUAAGUUACAUCAUAAAAGACAAAUUGCACUUGAACGUAUAUAUCCAGGAAAUAUUUAAACAUGGUACUGAAGUGACAUAUUUAAAUAAUAUUGAUCAUCAUUAUUUGAUAAAAAUUUAUAUAUUCUACUUUGUAUAUUUAUGUAAACAAAAUGUAUGUCUUUAUAGAAUUUUGCAUUUAUUAUGUAUAUAAAAAUAGUUUUGAAAAGUAGAUUCUUUCUGCAUUUUUUAAGGGUAUUAAAAUAUGUACAAAUAUGAAAAUUAUGAAUGAUUCGUAAGUCUUGUUAUAUUCUUAUAAAAAAAAUCUAUAGAUAUUUUUAUGCUGUGUGAAUUUCUUUAAAAAUUGAAUUUAAUAUAUAAAACUUCACAGAUGGGUAAAAUUUUAUUUGAGUAAUAGAUAAGGGAUAGAAAUAAUAUAUAGCGAUUCGUUUACGAGACGAAAUAUUUAAUUCUGUAAUUCAAAUUCUAAUUUUUAUUGAAAGUGUUAUGGAUUUUGUUCAUCUCGGUAAGAUGUAUGUUGACAAAGUAACGGAACUUUUGUGUGUACACAUAAAUUUAUCCUUUCUUUUAUUUUGUGUGUUUACAAGCUUGUAUAUUAUUUGAUGUAUUACAUAUAUAUAUAAAAUUUACAAAUAAAAUAAUAUUUUCUUGAAA